UUGCUGUUUGAAAGUGCUGCGGAAUACGAAAAAUGUAUUUACUCUCUUUGCACAUGCGCGACGGUUUAACCACUCGCGGUGGGAAAUUAUCUCUGUGUGCAUUAACAUGAAAUUUCAGCCUUGGUUAGCUAUAUCCUAACUUUUCAUUUUAGUGGUUGUCAUAUGUAAAACAACAGAAGCCCCGACACUGCCAGUCAAACGUCCACAGAUAGAAGCACUAGAACUUGCCCUCUAGUAGAGGUACAAAGUACCGUUACGAAACGUGGAGUAACAGGCGGUUGUCAGUCAUGAAAAUUGCUGUGGAAGGAUGUUGCCAUGGUGAGCUAGACAAAAUCUACGAGACUAUUGACUUCCUGGAGAGGAAGGAUGGGGUGAAAGUGGACUUGCUGCUGUGCUGCGGUGACUUUCAGUCUGUCCGAAAUGAAGGGGACAUGCAGUGCAUGGCCAUACCUGACAAGUACAAACAUAUGCAAACUUUCUACAAGUACUACUCUGGAGAAAAAAAGGCUCCUGUAUUGACCAUUUUUAUUGGCGGGAAUCAUGAGGCUUCCAACUACCUUCAGGAGCUUCCCUAUGGUGGCUGGGUUGCUCCCAACAUCUACUAUCUGGGUUAUGCUGGGGUUGUACGGUAUAAAGGAAUACGGAUAGGUGGACAGUCUGGAAUCUUUAAAUCUCACGACUACCGGAAAGGGCACUACGAAUUUCCCCCAUACAACAGAGACACCCUGCGUAGUGUUUACCACAUCCGAAACAUUGACAUCUUCAAACUCAAACAGCUCCAAAUGCCCAUUGACAUAUUCAUGACCCAUGACUGGCCCCGUGGGAUCUACCAUUACGGUUGCACAAGCGAGCUCCUGCGAAAGAAGAAGUUCCUGCGUCAGGAGGUUGAGUCUAAUACGCUGGGCAGUCCGGCUGCUGCUGAACUCCUGGCAGACCUGCAGCCCAGUUACUGGUUCUCUGCCCACCUGCAUGUCAAGUUUGCUGCCUUAAUGCAGCAUUUGGCUAAAGGUGACGCAGCUCCUCGUACAACCAAGUUCCUCUCACUGGACAAGUGCCUGCCUUACAGAGAGUUUCUUCAGAUAGUGGACUUGCCUGACAGGCCAAGCUCCUCCCAGGGUUUGGAGUAUGACCCAGAGUGGCUAGCUAUUCUGAAGGCAACUGAUGCCCUACAGAAGCCCUCUCCUCACCCCUGGAACCCCCCCCAGAAUAACGGACUUCACACAAGGUGGGACUUCCGGGCAUCAGAGGAAGCCAUGAUGGAGGUGAUGAGUGACCUGGGAGGAGAGCUGACAAUCCCAGACAACUUUAGUCGUACUGUGCCCGCUUACGACCCUGCCCGCCCCCAGCAUCGAACACAACCCAGCUGCAGCACCAACCCUCAGACCACCGAGCUAUGUGCCACCCUGGGCCUCACUGAUAUCUAUGCCCUGGUUGGACAAGGUGGGCAGGGGCCCCAAAGAGUGGCCCCUGGAGAGGAGGAAGAGGUGGAUGAUGAUGGUGGUGGUAGCACAGGGAGUGUGGAAGAGCCUAGUGAAUACCCAACUGACACAUCAGGCCUUUCCAACUCCUACAACCCAGACGAAAUCACCAUAGAGGAUGAGUGGGAGGAAGAGGAGGGGGGGGAAGAGGGAAAGGGAGAGGGGCAGGGCGAGGGAAAAGGAGAGGGGCAGGGCGAGGGAAAAGGAGGAUCGGAGGGUCAGAGUUCAGAUGUUGUCGCUGAGGGGGAGAAGGGGGGUUUGGAGAGCCCCUCAGUAGGUCUACACCCACAUCGUAUGGUCUUGCCAAGCCCCAAAUCAGACCCCUCUCCAUCCCGCCUGUCCCUCUCCAUGAGUCUGCCUCCACCCACCCACUCCUCCCCUGCCAAGAGCCCCCCAUCUCAGGGCAUCUCGGCGGGCGAGAGGGAAGAGGAAGUGUCGGUGGUCCGGAUCCCAAAACGCACUAGUGGAGAAACGGGAGAUCCCAGCAGCACAGGCAGCACUCCCAGGAUCAAGCGACGGAACCAGGUCAUCUAUACCGCAGUAGAAGAUGAGGAGAGUGAGAGUUAGAUUUAGAGCUAAAGGUUAAAAGAAAAUAUUUUUUAAAGCCCCUCAUUUGAUUCAUUUUUUUUACUUUUUCAGGUUUGUACAGAAUAGAUUUUUCAGUGUACGACUUUAUAAUUUUUAUACUGUGUGUGAAUGCUGGACUGUGCUGAAUCUUUGUCAAGGAUGUCAGGAUACUAUGAAGUCUCUGUAUACAAGUGUGUGAGACAUCAAUAAAAAAAAAUCUUUAAAAGAUCUGUCUUAAGCCUACAGAGACAACAGGUGCCUGGACAACCAUCGCUGACUACAUACACAGUAUUGUUGCCCUAAGCUUGUGUGAAGUUCAGAAUCAGUUGAGACCGUUCAAUAAACGUCUCAGAUAUUAUGGAAUAGUUUAGUUGGCAUGGUAUUCUACCUUCUGAUAAUAUUACAGGUGCCCUCUAAACCCAUUAGACUAGCUCUACAUUGGAUUGAAAACAGAGGGACAGACGAGACUUCAGCACUCAGCGCCAAAGCACAGCUUUAUUGAACAACACUUUACAGAGGUGCUGAUGGGAAAUUGAGUCUCUCCCACUUUGAGGACUUUUAACACAUGACACAGAGCAAACAUGAUCAUUUAAGAGAGUUGUCAUAACCAUCUCAAAAUUAAAUAGUUGUCAUAACAUUGAUUAGUCCUUGAUUCAUUCCAGGUUUACAGAUGUGCUCUAGUAAAAUCAACUACCAACAAUUUAAUUAAAAUUAGACAUAAAUACAGUGUACUAGACAGGCUCUUCCUAUCACCAUACAAGGAGCCAAUGACAGUGAGCCAGGGUACUGGUUAUGGUACAAUACAAGCCAAUGUCAGGGAGAUGCUUCUCUUAAACACUGCACUGUGAACACACUUGAGCAAGUCAAAAACAAGGAACCUUUAGGAAAAAAAACUGGUAGUAGGCACUUCUGUUUUUAAAGUUCUUCAAACCAUUCUUGCACUUGGA